AUGAAUGGCCUACGGAACCCCAAGGACUCGAUGAAGUCCACCUGGCGCCGUCUCGACCGUGGCGAGUGGUCCAUCUUCCACUGGUCCUACGAACUCCUCGGCAUCCACCCCGUCAAUCUGGAUAAGGAGGUGCCCGUUCACCCCAAGCAGGACAAAGUCCCCUACAUGCCCGAGUGGCAUACGCACCGCUGGGUUAUUACUCACGCCGUCAUUCCGUUGUUGAUCCACCACGCCUAUUGUGCCUACACCGGACAUAACUUCACCCCGAUCGCCGCCUUCAUCUUCUACAGUUUGGCUUUUAAGGCCAUCGCCAUCCACGAGUUGCACGUCCUCCGACGCCUCGGCCACACGCUUGGCUUCCUGGACGGUGACCAACAUGAACGUGAUGGUGUUCCCGACGUGGGAGUGGCGAAGGUGUUCCAUUCGCUGCUCACGACUUCGACCUUCCGUCCGAUCUUCACCGUGUUCUUCAGCUACCGCACUAGCCAGCCUCCCUCAUCGAUCAGCUGGGUGUGGCUUCCUCUGGAGAUUGGUCUGUAUGGUAUCAUCCUCGACUUCUGGUUCUAUUGGUACCACCGCUUGAUGCACGAGGUGGACGGUCUCUGGAAAUACCACCGCACCCACCAUCUGACCAAGCACCCCAACCCACUCCUUACGCUGUACGCCGACCAUGAGCAGGAGUUUUUCGACAUCGCGGGCAUCCCCCUCAUGACAUAUUUUACUAUGAAACUGAUGGGUAUGCCGAUGGGAUUCUACGAGUGGUGGAUCUGCCACCAGUACGUCGUCUUCGCCGAACUGGCUGGCCACAGUGGACUGCGCCUUCUCACCACGCCUCCCAACACACUGAGCUGGCUCCUGAGAAUGUUCAAUGCGGAACUCGUCAUCGAGGAUCACGAUCUUCAUCACCGCAAGGGCUGGAAGAAGAGCAGCAACUACGGCAAGCAGACGCGUCUCUGGGAUCGGAUCUUUGGCACUUGCGGCGAGCGCAUCGAGUGCUAUAAGGAGAAUAUCGAUUACGACUAUCCUGUCUCGAUGCCCUGGUAUUGA